AUGUCACACAUUGAGAAUGAUGAAUGCAACGUCAUCAGACUCACCGACUUCCAGAUGCAACGGGCUGAGAAACAAAUCGCAAAGGAUUCCUGGGUAAAAGAGACGGAUCCUUAUAGCAUCAAAUCCCCGUCCGAGGAACGUACGACCGUCACUGUUAGUAGCAGGAAUCUUAUGGACGACGGUCCUGGACGUGGACGAUCCCUCAGCAACGCUCUCGGCGGGCCCAUCUCGACUGUCUCUCACGAACAAUUCCCACCUCUCGGCGCCAAAGCUGCUGCCAAUCCCAACGUCGAGACAAAGUCACAAGUCAGUACAAGCAAUCUGAUCAAUUUCGACGACCCUGUUAAGGAUAUGGCUCGUCUGAACAUAUCCCAGCCACCGAUGCAAGCAAGACCGCGAAACGUGUGGAACGCACGAAAUGAAGCAGUGCCAGAUGAAUCUGAAAAUGCAGCUGGAGUACGAGGCUGGCUCAACUCGGUCAACAGCACGACCAACCCGCCAUCCGACAAUCACAGUGAGGUUGCUUCAUUGUACAACCGCAAAGCCCCGGAGUCCGUAUUGUCAGAGAACUUCAUCCCUCCCAGCGUCCGCGCUGCCGAUCCCAAUCCAGCUGCCAACUUCAAGCGGCUCAUCACAAUGCCUGCGCACAGCAUUGUCUCCAGCACCAACAGACUCGAAUUCGAGCGCUUCUGGGACUCGCUGCGCCAGGAGUACGUGUGCCCUGGAGAGAAGUGUCAUCGGGGGUUUAAGACUCAAUUGGACUUCCAGAAACAUCUGUUGUCGUCGGCGCAUGUGGGUGGCCAGGUGACUUGUCCGAGUUGUCUGAAGAAGUUUGCAACGACCACUGCGUGGGUGGCGCAUUGCGAGAGUGCGAGCAAGAAGUGUGACAUCCGGAAUAGUGCUGAUUUCAACAAUGUCAUGAGGGAGGUUACUGGUGGCGUCCUGGGCACGAGCGGCUUCCUGGACGAUGGCACGGUCAAAUAUGUCGCGCCGGAGAUUCAGGAGUGGUGA